GUCAAACUGUUGAUACUAUUUUAAGAAAAGAUUUAUAAAAUAUAAGUGAAAAUAAACAAAGGUUAAAAUAUUUGUGACACUGCAGAAGUGAUCUGUGUGGAAAAUGUACAGAAGAGUGUGCACUAGAGGCACGUACCUAAAUACUACCUUACAAAGCAACGUCCGAUACAAAUAAAAUUAAAUAAAAUAAUAGAGAAUUUUUUCCCGUUCAGAAAUGUUUGCGAAUCGAAGUCGGUUUCCAUUGGCGAGAUUUUUAGUUGAAUGAUUGGCACUGAAUGAAAAGCAUCUCAGUUGAUUUCAAAAUGUCAACCAAACCGAAAUUCUGCUUUGAAAGUGAGCCCCAGGUAACCAUCAACGAUGUGGACGACAAGGAGGAAGAUCGGAUUGCCGCAAGCUUUGCCGGACGCACACUCUUCAUCACAGGCGGCACUGGCUUCCUCGGCAAAGUACUGGUGGAAAAAUUACUCAGGUCCUGUGGACAGUUAAAGAAAAUCUACUUGUUAAUUCGUCCAAAGAAAGGAAAGAAUCCUCAGGAGCGUAUUAAAGACAUUUUCAGCAAUGUGCUCUUUGAUAUGGUUAAGCAACAGCGUGGCGAGGCACAAAUACUAAGCCAAGUGGAGGCGAUUUCAGGCGAUGUGCUAUUACCAGGCUUGGGUAUUGCAGAGGAGGAUUUGGAGAAGUUACGUGAGGAAGUCUCCAUCGUUUACCAUUGCGCGGCGACCAUACGUUUCGAUGAACCUCUACGCAAGGCAGUCUUCAUGAAUACUCGCGGCACGCUUUACAUGCUAGAAGUGGCAGCCACUCUGAAGAACUUAGAGCUAUUUGCAUACAUCUCCACGGCCUACUGUCACCUACACAUCAAGACACUCUACGAAAAGCCCUACGAUCCGCCAGCGAAUCCACACAAUGUUAUCCGGGCAUGCGAAUGGCUGAACGACGAUGAGGUUUCCACUAUAGAAAAGAAAAUUUUAGGUAGUAUACCCAACACCUAUGCCUACACCAAAUCUCUCGCCGAAGCGCUAGUAGUAGAAAAGUUCAAUGAACUACCGGCAGUUAUACUGCGGCCCUCCAUUGUCAUCCCCGUCUGGAAGGAGCCCUUGCCCGGUUGGACUGAUAAUAUAAAUGGGCCAACCGGUCUGUUGAUCGGCGCAGGCAAAGGCGUCAUACGUACGAUGUAUUGUAACUCUUCCGGUUAUGGCGAUUUCUUGCCAGUGGAUAUUGCCGUGAAUGGCAUGCUGGUAGCCAGCUGGCGUUAUCUCACGGCGAGUGAUUCAACCCAGGUUAAUCGUGUAGCGCACAUGACUAGCUCGAAUGACAUAAAAGUGUCAUGGAAUGAGAUUAUCGAAUGUGGCCGGUGGGUUAUAGAGAACAAAUUGCCAUUGAAUGGUGUCGCCUGGUACCCAGGUGGGUCAAUGAAGUCAAACUAUUACAUUCAUCUUGUCUGCAUGGUGCUCUUCCAUUGGAUACCCGCAUUAUUUGUGGAUGCGCUGCUAAUACUAUUGCGAUAUCCACCCGUCCUCUGUCGCGUGCAGAAACGUAUCAAUAACGGCUUCCAAGUUUUCGAGUAUUAUGCGAAUAAUGUGUGGAAUUUUGAUAACUCAGAGGCGAUAAAAUUGCGGGCGAUAAUGAAUAAAAAAGAGCGUCUCACCUAUAUCAUUGAAAAGAUCGACGUGGAUCUGAUCGACUAUUUCACACAGUGUGUCCUCUGUGCGCGCCGCUUAAUCCUAAAGGAGGGGGACGAAACCAUACCAGCCGCUAGAAGACAUAUGAAAAUAAUGUGGUGUGUGGACAAAGUGGUCAAAGGCUUGUGGAUCGCAUUGAUUAGCUAUGCCUUUUAUCGUUAUGUUUUCUCCGGCUUUUUUAGUAGCUCGACGACAUUGGCUCAACCCCUGGAAUCAAUUUAGCUGAGAUUUAUUCUUCCUACGAAUUACUUCAUUUGAUUUUUGUUUUUUAAGCAAAUAAUAGUCUAAUUUUUUAUACCAAAUGAACUCACAAUUUAUUAAAUAUAAUAUAUGUAAAUAUGUA